AUGGAGAACCCACACGGCACCACGACGGCCACCUCGUCGCUGUCCGUCACUACCUCGAGCCAGAAUGGCAGUCUCGGCACAAAAGCCUCGCCUACGCAAUUGCUGUUUCCCCAAGACCAAGCCGCCAGCAAUCAGUCCGCGAGCCCCAGCGCCGCCCCAGUCCACCCCGCGUCUCCCCACACCAGCCAGCCGCCUCUGUCAACCCAGCCCCGUCGCUCACGCAGCCGGACGGCCCAGAGGCGCAUCAGCGGAAGCACGGCUACGAGCAGCAGCCCGGCUAGUCGAGAAAUGAGGGAGAAGAAGCCGACAAAAGGCAUCAUUGGCGUAUGCGCACUCGAGUCCAAAGCUCGCAGUAAGCCUGCGCGCAACAUCUUUGGCAAGUUGGUCGACGAGUUUGAGGUCAAGAUCUUUGGCGACAAGAUCAUCCUCGACGAAGCCGUGGAGAACUGGCCAGUGUGCGACUUCCUCAUCUCCUUCUUCUCCGAUGGCUUCCCCCUGGACAAGGCCAUUGCCUACACCCGACUGCGCAAGCCCUUCUGCGUAAACGACCUGCCCAUGCAACAGGUGCUGUGGGAUCGCCGCCUGUGUCUUGGUAUACUGGACAAGCUCAGCGUUCCUACGCCAAAGCGCAUCGACGUCAGUCGAGAUGGCGGACCGAAGCUACCGUCGGCUGAAUUCGCCAAAGCCUUGUACGAGAGGACAGGUCUGAAGCUGGAAGGACCUGAAGACGGCACUGGUGGAGGCUUCCAGGCUCCGAAGAACAUUGAACUCAUCGACGAUAACAACACCAUCCGCGUUGAUGGCGUUACCCUCACAAAGCCAUUCGUAGAGAAGCCAGUGAGUGGUGAAGACCACAACAUCCACAUCUACUUCCACAAGAAGGAUGGCGGCGGGGGCCGCAGAUUGUUCAGGAAGAUCAACAACAAGAGCUCGGAAAAGGAUGAAACUCUCGACGUACCGAGGGCCAUACUCGAACCAACAGGCAGUUACAUUUACGAGCAAUUUCUGCAAGUGGAGAAUUCUGAAGACGUCAAAGCCUAUACCGUUGGACCAAACUUCUGCCAUGCCGAGACAAGAAAGUCACCAGUAGUUGAUGGUCUUGUUAAGCGCAACCCUAGCGGCAAGGAAGUCCGAUAUGUCACGAAACUGAGCGAGUCAGAGGCCGCUAUUGCAGCAAAGAUUUCAGAAGGAUUUGGCCAGCGGGUGUGCGGAUUUGAUCUGCUCCGCACUGGAGACCAGAGCUACGUUAUCGAUGUCAAUGGGUGGAGCUUUGUGAAGGACAACGGCGAUUAUUACGACAAGGCGGCCAACAUCCUAAAAGACAUGUUCCUGAAAGAGAUCGCGCGGAAACAACGCAAAGAUGCCGCUCAACAUGCUGCUGCGGACGCACAAGCUGGUACAGACAUUCCUGGAAAGGGUGCUUCAAACCAUCGUAAGACUCUUGGGAAACUUUUCAAGAGUCCCAGCAUGUCGAGAAUGGGAAAUCAUGCGCACAACCUCCAUCAUAUGCGGCAAUCCAACACUAUGCCCUCGUCACCCGACACAUCACUCAGUUCUACCCCUAUCGCAUCCUCACCUAGUUUCGAAAAACCCAAUCCUGCUACAGUUCUGAGCCCAACAGCCUUUACUUCUACUUCAACACCAGAUGGCCCGGCGUCCGAGCCUGAUAUCACACUUCCGUCUGCGUUCGAAGAAGACGAUCUGGAACUCGAACCAGAAAGGUCAAUGUCAGAAGAUCAUCUAGAGGUACCCCCUCCAGCAACGGCGGCGCAGUGGAAGCUCAAAGGUGUUGUGUCUGUCAUUCGACAUGCGGAUCGCACUCCGAAGCAGAAGUUCAAGUACACUUUCCAUUCCAAGCCAUUCGUCGAUCUACUCAAAGGUCACCAGGCAGAAGUGCUACUGAUUGGAGAGGUAGCAUUGCAAAGUGUGAGCGAUGCCGUCAAGUUGGCUAUGGACGAAGGCCUGGAAGACUCCAAGAAGCUGCGUGAGCUGCAAUUGUAUCUGAAUAAGAAGGGCGCUUGGCCUGGAACAAAAGUGCAGAUCAAGCCUAUGUUCCGGAAGCGAAGAAAGGAAGAGCUGCUACCAGGAGAGACUUUACCCGAAGAAACUCCUGAGGCACAAAAGCCUGAGCCAACUGCUGAUGCCAAGGAGACGACCGAGGCUACUGGCGAAGAAGGCGGACCCGAGCCACUUAAGAACAGGAGUGACUCCAUGUCUGGUGUUACCUUGUCUCGUAUCACCGCGCAAGAUAACAACAUGGUACUGGACAAACUACAACUGAUUAUUAAGUGGGGAGGUGAACCUACUCACUCCGCUCGACACCAAACACAGGACAUGGGUGCGAACUUCCGCAACGACCUCUUGUUGAUGAAUCGCGAUGUAUUAGACGAUGUUCAUAUCUUCAGCAGCUCGGAGCGACGAGUGACCACCAGUGCACAGAUAUUUGGAGCGUCAUUCCUGGAAAAGGAACAAUACCAAUCUGAGCACAUCUCAGUUCGCAAGGAUCUUCUAGACGACUCGAACGCGGCAAAGGAUGUCAUGGACAAGGUCAAGAAGAAGCUCAAGACUUUGCUACGCGCGGGCGACAAAGCUCCACCUCAGUUCGCGUGGCCGAAAGAUGUACCAGAGCCCUACAUUGUCGUUCGGCAAGUGGUGGAUCUGAUGAAGUUCCAUCAGCGCGUUAUGAACCACAACUUCAAGAAGAUCGAAUCCGAAGCGAUCUCGUCGCUAGCUGCACUAGCAUCUCCACCAGGCGGGGCACAAUCGUCAGGGCAAUCCCAGUACACCAAUGUUAACCACAUUCAAUCGCGCUGGUGCUGUAAUGAAGGCCCUGAACUUUUCAAAGAACGGUGGGAGAAGUUGUUCAAGGAGUUUGGAGACGCUGAUAAAGUCGACCCAAGCAAAAUAUCUGAGCUUUACGACACGAUGAAGUUCGACGCCCUACACAACCGCGCCUUCCUUGAAUGGGUGUUUACGCCCGAUGCCAGCUUUGUCGAUGAAGACUCAGUUGCGGACGGGUCAAAGCAGACUACGCCUGACAACAGUUCCGGGAAGUCGAUACCAGUUGGCCCGAGUCCAUCAGAAGCUCAGUUGAAGGCGGAGGCGAAGGAGAAAGAACAGAGCACGGAAAAGACCCAUGAGCGCGGUAGCCUGUCCCAUCGCAUGGGUUUCAGGCGCAAGUCUGAGCUUACCGUCAAAGCUCCUGCGCCCCCAUCGUAUGUACACGAGUCGUACUUCAAGCUGUAUUCUGGUCUCGGGACCGCGACGUCCAAAGCACAGACUGAUGCGCGACUUGUCAAGUUACGUGAGAUGUACCACCUCUGCAAGGUCUUGUUCGACUACAUCGGACCACAGGAAUACGGCAUCGAGAGCGAGGAGAAGCUAGAGAUUGGCCUACUUACAUCGCUUCCACUACUCAAAGAGAUUGUUGGAGACCUGGAAGAGCUCCAGGCGUCCGACAUGCCGAAGAGCUUCUUCUACUUCACCAAGGAAUCACACAUCUACACAUUGCUCAACUGCAUUCUGGAGGGCGGUAUCAAGACCAAGAUCGAACGCAAUGCUAUUCCAGAGCUCGAUUACUUGUCGCAGAUAAACUUCGAGCUCUACGAGUCGGAGAAUGCUAGUAUCGAUGAUAAGCCGCACACCUUCAACUAUAGUAUUCGCAUCACGUUAUCGCCAGGCUGUCAUGCCUUCGCUCCACUUGAUGUACAAUUGGACUCACGCCAUAUGAUUGGCUUCGCGCCUCGUCGCAGCCUCACUCUCCACCAAGAUUGGAAAGAAGUCCUCGAGACUCUUCGCGCAAAGUUCCAUACCGUCAAACUCCCGAAAUCCUUCGUCGCCAUCGACCUCAGCGAAAAGGUUCCUGAGGCUUUCGAGCGUAGCACCAACGGGAAUGGGAAAGAGCACAACAUGACCGAGAGUGAAGAGCGAGGUCGAUCAGACGAGCGAGAUGAAGACGCGUCACACAUACCUAUUGCAAAUGAGAAGGGCGAAAUAAUAAGCCCAGGAGAGAUUGUAAGUCCGGAACGCUUGGCGCUUGAUAAGGAAAUCAGUCCAACGGGCUUACCGCCGCCGGCGCUAGACGUAGAGACGGAGUAA